CGGCGGCGGCGGCGGCGGCUGAGAGGGCGGCGGCGGGAGCGGAGCGGGACGAGGGAGCGAGAGGAAGCGAGCGAGGAGCGAGCGGAGCGCGCCCAGCCCCGCCCGCCCUUCCGCCCUCCGGAGGAGCCGGAGCAGCCCGGGCCCCCAGCCGCCGCCGCCGCCGCCGCCCGCCAGCCCGCCCGCCGGACAAAGCCCGAGAGCCCGCGCCCAGAGCCAUGUCCUCGUCCGCCGGCAGCGGCCACCAGCCCAGCCAGAGCCGCGCCAUCCCCACCCGCACCGUGCCCAUCAGCGACGCCGCGCAGCUACCUCAUGACUAUUGCACCACGCCCGGGGGGACGCUCUUCUCCACCACGCCGGGAGGAACCCGAAUCAUUUAUGAUCGAAAAUUUCUUUUGGAUCGUCGCAAUUCUCCUAUGGCUCAGACUCCACCCUGCCAUCUGCCCAAUAUCCCAGGAGUCACCAGCCCUGGCACCUUAAUCGAAGACUCCAAAGUAGAAGUAAACAAUUUGAACAACUUGAACAAUCAUGACAGGAAGCAUACAGUUGGGGAUGAUGCUCAGUUUGAGAUGGACAUCUGACUGUCCUGCAAACAUCAGAAGAAAAGCAGCAACCCUGAUACCUGUCUGUACCUGAUUUGGCCAUUAGGAUCAACGAUGAGAAGACAGAGAGGCAGUCCAGCUGUCCCGCUGCAUCUCCACCUCCUCCUCCUCCUCCGGUGCCAAAUGAUGCAAAGAUGAGCUUCAUCUGACCAUUUCCUCUCCCUGCUUCCUGGUCCCAUUCCUGCUUAGACAGAUUAGAUUGAAGGCCCUUGGCAUAUUUCUGUAGAACUAAGCAGCCCACAGAGGAAAACAUUUAAUCUCUGGCUUCCCUCCCACCCCACCAAAUUUUUUUUUAUCCCAAAUCAAAUAUCACUCUACCAACAAUUGCCUGGCUGGGAAGUUUUCUGGGAGGUGAUACAGAGGUCUGGUGGGUUCGCCAUUAUUCAUAUUCUUACCCUCUGUCUCUCCUCCCUGUCUCCCGCCCGUGUUUCAGUGCUGCAAGAGUCUGGGUUUGGGGUCUUCAAAACCAUCAGGGAAAUGAUAAACAGGAAGAGAGCUGCUUUGCCUUUUACCUUGACGUGUUUGUCCUUGGGGACAGAACACAGCUUGUGCAACUCUAGUAACAUUACCCUGUGACACUGUUUUGAGGUCCACUUUCCCUCCUUCCUCUGGGAGGAAUGUCUUCUGUCUUUAGUAUUAUGGUUCGUCUUCCCAUUCCUUUACUUAGCACAUGUGUGCAAAAAUCUUUAAACUCUACAUCAUAGUAUUCUGUGGAUGAUACCUAAGAAUGACCUUGGAAGAGCACUGAACCAUUUGAGUACGCAGUCUCAGUAGUCAUUGUUUUUCAAUCCAAUGAGCAUUAUGAUAUUUAUUGUCUCUGAUUCCAGUUUCUUAGGUUUUGAGUUUAAAGUUGACUUUCAGAGUGCUCUAGAGAAGAACUAAACUUAUUUUCUUUGUGGACCUGUUUGGCUGCUGAGAUAGAUAAGCAUGGGCUUAAAAAAUGUGUUCCUCCCAGUUUUCUUGCCUUUCUCAUCAUACCCUAAAUUUCCCUUCUUCCCUCCUUCCCUCUUUCCCUCUCCUUCCUUCUCUGCCAGGCCAUUUUUUCAAAUGUACAUCAAAGAUACCUCAAGUGUUGGUAUCUGAUAAUAUCUGUCACUCCUCUUAUCUGAGGAGUGACCUUUUAUUUUUAAGAUGACUACAGACCUAUUUUUAGACGUUUUCAGUACAGUUUUGAACAGCAACUUUUUAAUUACACAUCUUCCAGUGUUAGGAAGGUGAGAAUUGUCUGUAGGCGAGUCUGCUGUUCCACGUUACCAUCCUUGUCUCCCGCAGUCCCUUAUGAGCACCUUCCUUCUCCCUCUAGUUCUGGUGUGCGUGUUUGGAGUUGUAGAGGGUGGUUUGUAAACUGGACCAUUCUGCCUUGCCGUGGGUUGUUCGUGAAAGCCUCGUGCUGCUCCCUCACCCUUUGCUUUCCAUCCCGCCUGCUUCCCACCCUGCUCUCCCCACCGUUGACUGGCACCGUAGUCCUGGGAGAGUGACUCCCCUCGUAGAAAGACAAGUAAAGUAGCCAUUGAUGUCCUGGGAAUUGCUGGUUGGAUUUGGUGCUCUGAGCCCUCUUGUUAAGAGAUCAGAUCCCAGGGUGAGAGUAACAGACCAACUGGCUAAGAAAGAAAGCUAUUGGCUUUGGAACUGUGAAAAGACCUUGUUUGCAAAUACGUUUUAGACAUAAGAGAGGAAGGAUGUCUGAGGAACUUUGUUCUGUUUUCUGCUACAAAAUGUGAAUAGUUCAAAGAGUGAAACCUUUUGUGAUGGUUGAUGUCUCUCAGGAAUAAGCUGGAUCUCCAGGGCUUUGGGGAUGCUUUCAGUCUCAAAAAUUGAUGAUCAGAAAAGUAUUUUUUGUUUGUUUGUUUAAUGUAUACCCGUUCUGAUUCUAAUUAAACUCUAAACUUCACCUUACAUACUCUUGGGAGAACUUAAGUUGCACCCUAAUUUGCACGAGAAGCUUGCUCAGGACCUCUUUGUCCCCUGGGAGCUUGGUUCUUUGGGAAUGAAGUUUUCCAUUCUUCAUACUCUAGCCUUGCCUUCUGUGGCAUCUGACUUCAGCUACAGCUGGUCAGUCUGUCAGUGAGCAGAAGAGCAUCCGCUCUGGAUCUUUAUUCCUGCACAUGAAAACUUGGCUUCCUCACUGAACAAUGGGGAGUGGAUUUAAAACAUGCUAGCUGGAAUAGUGUCAAGGUGCCAUCUUCCCCAUUUUCUCCAUCAUGGGGAAUCUCUGCACGUGGCCCCCUAAUUGGAGGCCAUGUUUCUAGUUUCUUGGUGGGGUCAGCUUUUUAACAGAGCAGCCUCCCAUCCGUUAGCCUUCUCUUCAGGGACCUCCUUAGUGCUUGGUGUGGUUCUUUCCUGGAGACUGCUGCGACCUGAGCUACCUUAACCUCCAUAAAUUGGUGUUUUAAAGAAUUUCACGAGGCAACAGGUACACUUCUGGCAGAUGACACCUUUGUACCAUGCCUCAUUGUUUUCAGGGCAGCCAGAAUCCAGUAGGUGGUGUACUUCUGGAUGUUUGGAAGGAAAUUCACAGGUGAAACCUCAAUGAAUCGUCUGGCUUUUUGGGGGGAGGGGACACCUGUAGGACACAGUUUGAGUGAGAUGGUUCUUAAAAUCUUAGUAAUCAUUUCUACUUUUUAUGAAGAAACCAUGUUUCUAUAUUUCUGGGGACAAUCCAUCUUAAUGAGAAAUGACCUUCUCCCUCCAAAUUCCAGCAGGAGACGUGCAUUGUCAUGGUUCUGCCUUCUUCAUAGUGUGGUUCAUUGAGUUCACAACUUCCUCAAAUUUUUCUGUUUAGCUACAGCAUUCUCAAGAGCACAGUGUAGAGAAGCUGGCUUCUAUGAAUUGGGCUUCCAAGCCAAGAGUUUUGUCCUGUAUUAGUAAUCUAUUGCUGUGUAACAAAUUACCCCCAAUUAAAAUCUUAAAAGAGCAAACAUUACCUGUCAGUUUCUGUGCGUUAGGAAUUUGGAAGCGGCUUAGUCUGACCAUUCUGGCCCAGGGGCUCAGGAAGUUGCAGUCAGGAUGUCCACAGGAUCUACAGUUAUCCAGAGCUGGAGAAUCCACUUCUGAACUCUCUCUUUGUAGCCGUUGGCUAUAAAGUUUGUUCCCCUGUGAGUCUGUCUGUAGAGCAGCAUGAGCGUCCUCACACCAUGGCAGCUGGCUUCCCCGAGUGAGUGAUCUCAGAGAGAGGGGGCAAGGAGGAAUCUGUGGUGCCUUUUAUGACAGUCUUGAAAGCACACACUGUCACUUCUUCCUUAUUCUGUUUCUUAGAAGCAACACUCGAGGGGAGGGACAUUACACCCCACCUACUGAAUGGAGCAGUAGCACAGAAUUUGUGGAUAUAUCUUAAAACCACCUCACCCCCAAAAGGGGAUGAAACCAGGUCAACAGUAAGGGUAGGUUUAAAUUAGGUGAUAGGCUGAGAAAGCAGAGUAAUUGUUGCUACUAAGAACAGUUCUCUAAGACGUGUAUCUACCAACUGGGACAGAAGACAGACUUUCUCUCUUUACCCAAAGCCACCUGCUGGUGUUGAGAGGGGUGAUGAGAAAUGGCAGUUCCCAGGAGAAUACAGUAUCUGUGCAUUUGCCUGACUACCAGCAGCCCAAGGAUGCUUCUUUGCAAGUCCUAGGCUUGGUGCGAAAGACCCAAUACCACUUACCUGUUACCUCUUAGCCGGGAAUUGACAAAGGGACUUCGAUCCUUCUAGCUGAUCCACUGAAGCUGACUUAAUUGGCUUCAGGGUUGUCAAGCAGAGGGAGCAAACGUGAAUUAGAUCUUGAGUUACUGGCUGAAGAAAACCUAACGGUUCAGAUUUGGGGUGAAAUAGCAUCCAGAAGCCAGCUCUCCACGAGAGUUGAUGCUUGGCACCUGGUUUCUCCAGCCACACCAGCUGGAACAGACUUGGGUUGGGCCUCUCACCCAAGAAGCCACUUCUCAGUAAAGUAGGGAGCAUCUGGGAUUAGAAAUGUCUGUGCUUGAUUGCUCCUUUAAAUCCAGCGUGCCAUUGAUUCUGCAUGCCCACCUCAUCCUGGCCUUCCUGAUGGAAAUAGGUUAAGAGAACCAGUCCUGUCUUCACCCUCGAGAGAAACUUAGGUGAGGCUGGUCAGUUCAGUGCUUUCUUAGUGCAUGUCUGCUGUAUGUUUCUGGCACCCAUGCCCAACCAGGUUUUUAGAGAUUUCAGACAUCUUAAAGAUGCAAAUGCUUCCCAGCAUUUUUGUUUGUGUAGCCCUGCUUGCUUUAGCGUAUGCUUGAAUAAAAAGCAUUGCAGCUAAGGCAGCUGUAAGAAAAAGGUACUUCUUCAGAAGUAAGCAACUCAUCUUUAAAGCACCCUCAAAUGAAUUUUGUUUUUCCUUCUUAUGUUGAGGUAGAGUCAAAAUAGAUGGUGUUUUAUUUUUUGCUGUUUGGGUUACCAGCUCUGUGGACUCUCCGACCUUCCCUUCCCAGUUCACACAUUUCCAUUAGGAUGCAGCCUGCUGGAUGUAUGCAUUUCACCCCGAGUCCAUCGGUCAGCCAGUACACAUUGAGUGCCUGCUUUCAGUCAAGGCAGCUGAUGUGAGGGGCUCAUCGUGUUGGCAGCAAUAUCCCAGCAGCAGUCUUUUUCUAUUCUCCCUGUCUUGGAUGCUCCGGGGGGUAUCAGGCAUCUUGGCUGCUUGAAGCCUGGGCCCUCAGCCCUUUGCAUUCUCCUUAGAGAGGAGGCCUGCUGCCCUUCUCUUUCUGGGUCGGAACUUCUCAUUCUUGGCAUGUUUCUGGACUACAUGCAUAUGGGCAGCUAUUCAUUAAUCUGCAGAACCCAAUGUCAGCCAUCCAUGAUGUCUGGAGCGGGUAGCAUUCGUUUCAAAGAAGCCUCGUUUCUCGGGGAGGGCGAUUUCUGUCUAGACUUUGAAGGGGGUGUAGUUACCACACAUACCCCCCGGUUCCUUACCUCUCAGCUUUUAAUAAAAGAUGAAAUCAGAUCUUGAGGCACCUGGGUCACAAUUAGAAUGCUUAUCCCCAAGAGGCAUUUCUUAUUCUGGUAAUGGCGUUCCAGUUUAGUAUUGGAGUUUCCUUGAGCUAGCUCACCGAAAUUUCUUACCGAAGGCUAAGGAUGAUUGAUGCGUACUUAUUUUUUCAAACAAUCAUUCAUGUUUCUUUCCUACCCUCUGGAAUUUAAAUUUCUUUCUCUGGGCUGGUCCUGGAAGUUGAUAGGUUUUGGCAAAGCUUUAGAAGUCUUUCGAGUCCCUACUUCGAUGGUUGGUGGUUGCGCUUUGCCUAACUCCUGCAGCCCUGGCAGACUCUACUGUGUGGAUGCCCGCUGGAAGAUACUGCCAGGAGGAGGCACAUUUCUGGGGCAUUUACACUCUCGCUCUGCCACCUUUCUUGAGUGGGGGCUGGCAGAGAGGCUGCGAUGCUUGAUAAUCAUUUGGCCGUAUUGAAAUUUCCAAAGGGAGCUCUUGCUGGUGCUUAAAACCAAAAUUCCUAGACACUUCAAACUUAGAGAAUUCCAUGAAUCUAGCACAGAAUAUCCAUACUUGCUCCCCUUCUUCUCCAUCUUAAUCUUUAAAAAAAACAAAAAACUCAAACCCAAGCCAAGGGUAAUUUUUACUUGAAACUAGGAGAGUGGGGAAGACACUAGAGAGAAGGGGUGAGUCGUGCAGGUGGGCCACCUGCCCCUGGUGUCUGUCCACGUCACUGAGUGCUGUGAGCCAGUGCCUUUCCUGCACCUGAACAUGGAGCCCGCUCUUCCCGCCUGGGUGAAGAGACCUCGCUGCCCAGGGGUAGACCUUGAAGAAGGUGUCUUGGAGAGCCCAGAGGACACUCACGUAUUCAGGUGCCCAUUUUAAGCAUCUUUAAAAUAUUUUAUAGAUAAAAGCAUGCCCUUUCCUGUCGGUGCCACCAGUGGUGCAGUUCCAUCCAUUCUGAAUGGAAAAGUGGAGCCUGCCAGUGCUUUCCUGGGUCACUCCUUCAUCUCCCUUGAUGUGGUGUCCCCUCCCCCUCCCGUCCAUUUCACUGUCGUGGCUGGAUAGCAGAGGGCACCAUGUAGUCCUGACGCAGUCCUGUGUGAUUCCGUGAUCAGUUUUUUCUGUAACUGUCCUUCCAAACCAGUUGAUGUUUGGAAAUUAGGGAAAAAAUUAAAUUCUCACCAAUGGUUGCUGUUACAGUUAAAUCAAUAAAGAUCUUGAGUAUCAA